AUGGGAAAGAAUAUAAAUAUGUAUCAUCUUGCUCCAAUUGAUAUAUUCUCUGACGAUGAAGAAUUUAGACAUCAAGAAAUUGAUGAUGAAUUAACUGUUACAAUUCUACAAGAAGAUCUGCUUGCAUCAAAUCAUUUAAAUUCUGAACAAAAACACGCAUAUGAAUUAAUUCUCGAAACUUUACUUCUCAACAAAUCUGCUACAUUUUUCAUUGAUGGUCCUGCUGGCACUGGAAAAACAUUUCUAUACAAAACACUUCUUGCUGAAAUUAGAUCAAAACAUAUGAUAGCACUUGCAACUGCAUCAUCUGGUGUUGCUGCAUCAAUUUUACCUGGAGGCCGAACAGCACAUUCACGCUUUAAAAUUUCAUUAAAGAUAGAAAAAAAUAGUACAUGCAAUGUUAGCAAACAAGGAAAUCUUGCUAAAUUAUUGCGUCUUGCAAAAUUAAUUAUAUGGAACGAAGCAACUAUGUGUGGAAAAUAUUCUAUAGAGGCAGUGGAUAAGAUGUUACAAGAUAUAAAUGAUACAAACCUUCCUUUCGGUGGAAAAGUUAUUGUUUUUUGUGGAGAUUUUCGUCAAGUAUUACCUGUAAUUCAAAAAACUACAAAAGAACAACAAAUUGAUGCAAGCUUAGCCCGCUCUCAUUUAUGGUCUUCUUUAACCAAAAUUAAAUUAAUAGAAAAUAUGAGAUCUAGAUUGGAUUCUGAUUUUUGUCGUUAUUUAAUUGAAGUUGGUAAUGGUAAUGAACCAAUUACUGUUAAAGAUAUGAUCAAAAUUCCAACAAAAAUGCUUAUUCAAUAUAACAAUGAUGCUGACUCUUUAAAUUGUGAUAUAGUGCGAUAUUAUAGUUUCGAUGAAACAAUUGAUACAUCUGAACAAGUUACCAAAAACUGGAAAGUAAAAAUGCUCGUUGCAGAAAAAUCUCCAAAAAUGAUUGCACGAAACUCAAUAACAAAAUAUCAGAACCUCACAUUGAUAGAUCCUCAGGGAAAUCGUUUACAAGCAGUCAUAUUUGGUAAAGAUAUCGAUCUGCGCGAUAAUACAUUGCAGAUCAUCAAUUCGAGGACAAUUAUUGAAAAUGUUGAAGAUGACGAACCAGUGCUAAAGGUGUGA